AUGCCGCCACGGAAAAGCGGUGCCUCGACGGUAUCCGCGGCAGAGACCAAUGGUGACGUCUCCACGCUGUCCAAUGCAACGAAUCUCCCGGCUGCGUCUUCUGCGCAGCACGCGCAUCCGAAGACAUCAAGGCAGUCCGGAGGUGGAUCGGGGAGACAAGAUGAUGGUGUGGGAAUUGAUGACCUCCUUCUCCCUCGCUCCCUGAUAUCCCGUCUCUCUCGCGGGGUCCUCCCACCCAACACCUCGCUACAAAAAGACGCCCUUCUCGCACUGACCCGCUCCGCCACCGUCUUCAUCUCCUACCUAGCCCACCACGCGAAUGAACAAUCGCAACUACGGCACAAGAAGACAGUGGGGGUCCAGGAUGUCAUGGCGGCGUUGAAGGAGAUUGAAUUUGGCAAUGUCAUGGAGCUGGGUGCAGUGGGAGAGGACGGGAGGACCGGCGGCAGGCUGGAGCGGGAGGUGCAGGCAUAUGAAGAGAUGGUCGGUCGGAAGAGGAGGGGAUACCGAGAGAAAGUCAAAGCCCGGGAGUCCGGCGGGGCGGAGGGAGACGGGGAAGCCGAAGACCGGGGAGAGCCCAGUAACAAGAAGAUCCGGCGUAUGAGCGCCGAGGAGGAGGAGGGGGACGAAGAGGAGGACGAAGAGGAGAGGAUGCUGGCGCAACAGCUCAACGGAACCACGGGGGCCGACGAGGCCCCCUCCGCCGGGAAAGGGAAAGCCAAGAGGACUAGUCGGGAGCAGGAGGGGAUCGCGGUGGUGGUGCGGAAUGGCAAGGGGAAAGACAAGCAUAAAGUGAAACUAGGCGAUGCAGAACCCGCCGACGGAACCGAAAAUGAGGACGUCGAGGACGCCGACGACGGGGCGGAAGACGAGGAGCAGCAGGACGAAGAUGAAGAGGAGGUGGAGGACGAAGAAGAAGAUGAGAAUGAAGAUGAGGACGAGGACGAGGAUGAAGGACAGGCCGAUGAGGAGGAGGACGACGAUGACGACGAUUCCAGACAAGCCAAUGGCCGGGCAACAGGGAGGGUCGGACUGCUGCCCGACGGCAACGUCGAGAUUGGAAGCGAGGACGAGAGUGACUAUUGA